GCCACACUUGUGCAUGAGCGUAGGAAAAUACGGAAGAAGGGGCGGAGGGAAGAAGUCCAACUGUCUGGAGGCGGACACUACCUCCCUCUCUCUCUCGACACGCACUCUCCUCCUUUUGUUCCCUAUUUGAAUGCGCCACACAGGUUUCACACGCUGCCCGCCCUUUCUCUGUCUCUCGCUCGCUCGCUCUGUGUUUGCUUUUCUCGCUCUGUGAUUGCUUUCGCUUUCUCAAUGGCAACUGUUAAUCUUUCGACGAAGAUGUCUUUGACGAAAUCCGAUACGGCCAGAGGCUUCGAUCGCCUCUCGUCGGCGAAAAGUUUGAAUGGCGUCCUGUUCCAUCCGCGAAUCGCGAGAAGAUGUGGUUUUCAGAAGCGGAGUUUCGGUGUUAGAGCGAUGAGGAUCACCGAGUCUGGCCAAAGGCUUGGACUUUCCUCGCAAAACGGCGCCUUCAGUGCUACAGGUGAGUACACUCUUGGUCAGGAAAGGGUGAAUUCAAAUGCUAGAAGAAAAACGAAGAUAGUGUGUACAAUUGGGCCCUCCACAAGCUCACGUGAAAUGAUAUGGAAGCUGGCAAAUGUUGGAAUGAAUGUGGCACGGUUAAAUAUGUCACAUGGGGACCAUGCAUCGCAUCAGAAAACCAUAGAUUUGGUCAGAGAAUACAAUGCACAAUUUGAAGACAAUGUCGUAGCCAUAAUGCUGGACACUAAGGGUCCUGAGGUUAGAAGCGGAGAUGUACCACAACCAAUCUUGCUUAAGGAAGGACAAGAGUUCAAUUUCACUAUUAAAAGAGGAGUCAGCUCAGAGGACACUGUUAGUGUAAAUUAUGAUGACUUUGUGAAUGAUGUGGAGGUUGGGGACAUCCUACUGGUUGAUGGUGGAAUGAUGUCCCUAGCUGUAAAGGCAAAAACAAAUGAUACGGUUAAAUGCAAUGUAAUUGAUGGUGGAGAGUUGAAGUCAAGGCGCCAUUUAAAUGUGCGUGGGAAAAGUGCAACUCUUCCAUCAAUAACAGACAAAGACUGGGAAGAUAUCAAGUUUGGGGUGGAAAACAAAGUUGAUUUUUAUGCUGUCUCUUUUGUGAAAGAUGCUGAAGUGGUUGAUGAGUUGAAAGAUUAUCUCAAAAGCUGCAAUGCAGAUAUCCAUGUAAUUGUGAAAAUUGAAAGUGCAGACUCCAUACAAAAUCUUCAUUCAAUAAUUUCUGCAUCUGAUGGGGCUAUGGUGGCUCGUGGAGACCUUGGUGCUGAGCUUCCAAUUGAGGAAGUCCCUCUAUUGCAGGAAGAGAUCAUUAGAAAAUGUCACAAGAUGCAGAAACCGGUGAUUGUAGCAACAAACAUGUUGGAAAGCAUGAUAGAUCAUCCAACACCAACAAGAGCAGAAGUAUCGGACAUUGCAAUUGCAGUGCGGGAAGGUGCUGAUGCAGUCAUGCUUUCUGGAGAAACUGCUCAUGGGAAGUAUCCAUUGAAAGCUGUUAGAGUAAUGCAUACUGUUGCAUUAAGGACAGAGUCAAGUUUGCCUGUCAGCACGAUUCCUCCGAUACAAUCUACUGUCUAUAAGAAUCAUAUGGGUGCAAUGUUUGCUUUCCAUGCUGCUACCAUGGCUAACACCCUUAUUACUCCCAUCAUUGUCUUCACUAGGACAGGGUCAAUGGCUGUACUUCUAAGUCAUUAUCAGCCAUCCUCAACCAUCUUUGCCUUCACAAAUGAAGAACGAGUCAAGCAGAGGCUAGCUCUUUAUCAUUGUGUGAUGCCAAUAUAUAUGCAGUUUACAGAUGAUGCAGAAGAGACUUUCUCUCGAGCUCUAAAUAUAUUGCUGGUUAGUAACUUCUGGCUGAGUUGUUUUCUUCUGCAGCAUGGAUUAUCAUUCCACGCAACUGAAUUUCUCUUUAUGAUAUCGUUGCAACUGAAUUUCUCUUUAUGUUAUUUACAUUCUUUAGACCAAGGGUCUCCUGAGGGCAGGAGAGCAUGUUACUCUUGUCCAAAGUGGAGCACAACCAAUUUGGCGUCGAGAAUCUACUCAUCACAUCCAAGUUCGUAAGGUCCAAGGCUGAUUUUUCAGAUGCAAAGAUUCCUUUAUAGAUUAUUUUGGAGCAGCUAAUAUUUAGUAUAGAUAUGUUUUAGUUUUAAUUAUUGAUGAUCAUGUGAUCUGCUGUUAUUCCUUCUGUAAAAUCAGGGGAAAUUUUGGUACCAUAUUGGAAAUUUAUUUUCAAAACAAAUAAUUAGAUUGGUGACACUGUAACAGUUGCCAACACGUUGAGUUUUAAUCAUCAUUGUGAUUCUUUUCAAA